CCCGUUUUUACAACAUAUUCAAAUAAGGCAAUAAUAUGUAAACAAAGAAACGCAGUUUCAACACCAGAGACACCGGCACGGUGCGGGUUGUGCGUUCAAUGUAGAAAAAUUGAAGAAAAUAACAAAGAUAGAGAUUGUAUUAGUGCAUCUAAACGCUGAGUUUAGAAGCUUUAACGCCUAGAGUGGGAUGACAAAGCGCACGCAGGUCAAAACUCCAAACCGGCCUUAACGCAAACGGCACAGCACGCAGUAGGGACUUAAGUAGGGGGCUAGAAGACGCACACAUAUUUUUUUCAGUCUUUCACUAGCUACACAGUUUACAACAAGUGUCUGGAUUGAUCGGGUCGUUGGAAAUAGUCAAAAACAUAUGGAAAAUUACUAAAAUUACAAAUUAUCAAACGUACAUUAAAUUUUCAAAAGUUUUAAACAAUUUAAGUAUUUUACAACUGUGAUUUUGGCUUUAAGUUGAAUUUUAAGUGAGAAACAUGUUUAAACUCAUUGCGCGUUCAGGCCGUGAGCUCAUUAAACAUGCCGAAAUCAAAAUGUCUGCACAAUUGUUAAAAUCUCCAAUUCCACAACCAACCGCUGCGUUUGGAUUUCUUCGCUCAAAACAUCAACAGAGUCACCAUGUCACUGUGCGCAACUAUGGCAAACCCACAAAACGUGAACAAGCACUUGAUUAUUCCACAACAGAUGGAGAAUUCGAAGUUUUGGGACAUAAAGGUGAAUCUCUAUUCUGGCGACAAAAAAUCCGAACUUUUCAUGCUAUCCUCGACGUUAACAAAGACGGCGUGAUUUCUUUCAAUGAUUUUGAACUCUUGGCUGAUCGAUUCAUUGAUCUUGGACAUCUCAGUGAUAAAAACACAUUUGAAUUCCGCAAAUCAAUUCGGAAUUUAUGGGAGACCCUCUGGGGUGAAAUCACCCCUUAUAAUGUUGUUACAGUGGAACAAUAUCUUGAAGAUAUGCACCAUGUGCUCAAUGAUAAAUCGCGCGUGGUUAAAGUGCAUGCUUUCUUGCCAUUUUUAUUCAAGGCUGUUGAUAAAGAUACAUCUGGUGAAAUCUCAAUUGAAGAGUUCAAACUCUUCUUUAAGUGUCUUGGACUCCAGGAUGAAGAUGCUAAAGUUGCUUUCCUAUCAAUUGAUAGUAAUAAUGAUGGUAAGAUCAACAUCCAUGAGUUUGUCUCACAUGGCAAGGACUUCUUAACUGAGGAUCAAGAACGUGUUAGCAAACACUUCUGGGGCCCUCUGGUUGAUCACUAAACCUAAAAAUACAUGAUUGUAAUCCAGUUAUUGUUGUGUCACUGUUUGGACACAAAUUGUUAUUUAUAGACUUAAAUUUUGCACUGUUUUAUACGCUCUAGCUUUUAUAAAUGAACUUACUUGCAAUUUUAUACUAUAACAUCGAGAAUAAAUAAUUUAAUGUA